AUGUACAACUUCAAAAUAAUCCACCAGAAUGUACAGGGCUUGAGCAAGAAAUAUGAACAAUUAGACGUGUUUGUAAAUGAAACUAUGCCUGAUGUGCUUGGUAUUAGUGAACACUGGCUAUCUGAUGCCAAAUUAGAACUUUUUAAACCUCUAAACAUGGUACUAGCUAAUAAGUUUUGCAGAUCUACUAUCAGAGGUGGGGGUGUAUCAAUGUAUGUUAAGAGCACAUUUGAUUUUAAUUCUGUAAAUGUAAGUAAAUAUUCAUUAGAAGGGACAAUUGAAUUAUGUGCAGCGUGUAUAAAGAUACCAAAUGAUGAAAUUUGUGUUAUAUGUUUAUAUAGACCACCAGGUGGAAACUUCGAAGUUUUCUUAACAAUGUUUUGUGACAUGAUAGAGAAUGUUUUUAUAUCACACCUGAACAAGUUAGUAAUUAUAGGAGAUUUCAACAUAAAUGUAUUAGCAGAUAAGUUACACACUAGACUAUUCAAGACUACUCUGCUUGAAUAUAAUGUAAGAUACCUGAUAAACACUGCAACCAGGGAGACUGAGACAUGCCAGUCUGCAAUAGAUAACAUAAUCACUGGUAUUCAUCUUUACGAUCUUACAUCUUCUGUUAUUAUAAGUGCUUUGUCAGACCACCAUGCAGUAGAACUAAGUGUGCACAUAAAAAAGGUUCCUACACACAGUUGCUAUAGAUAUAUAAGGAUGAAUACAGACCAACAUAUAACUCAGUUGAAUAAUAUGCUAAGGAAUGUGGGUUGGAACAGUGUUCUAAUGACACUUCAUAGUUAUGGCAAAUUCUCAAGUGAACUAUUCUACAUUCUUAACCAAGCCUGCCCAUUAAUAAAAAAGAGAAUUCAGUCACAUGCUGUAACCCGAAACUGGAUAUCAAGUUCAGUCACUGAGGCUAGAGAAAGACUAAGAUGGUAUGAGUAUGCUAUGUUAAAUGACUUGAGCAAUAAAAAAUUAAAAGAAGAAUUCAAAAAGUAUCAGAAAUACUAUCUAGACCUCCUAAUUUCAGAAAAACAGAAACAUUUUGAAAGUGUCAUUCACAACUCAAAUAAUAUCUCCAAAACAUCAUGGUCACUAGUAAAUAGAGAAAUAGGUAAAUCUGGGAACCAUACAACUGAAAAUCACUUGCUGGUAAACGGCACAAUAGAAACUGAUCAGAAUAAGAUAGCAGAUCUAUUUAACAAUUACUUUGCUUCUGUUGGCUCCAGCAUAAACAAUCAGCUUAAAAAUCAUAAAUACAAAUUCAGAGGAACACCAGUGUCAGGAAGUAUAUUUUUGAUGCCAACAAGUAAAGAAGAAAUAAUUAAAAUAACCCCUAACUCUCAGUAUAGUGGUGAGGCUGGUGCCAGACAGAGUGGUAAAGAGAUAAGAGUCAGUGCAUUUGGAUUCAGUGUUAGAGAAGGUAGCACAAAUUGA